GGAGGAGAAGGAGAAGCGAGCGCAUCCAAGCUCCAUUACGUGCGUGACGCGACUGAACGGGGUGAGCGCGGGGAGUGGGGAGAGUUCGGUGUCGCUCGGUCAAAUGGUGGGAGAAGGUUCGGGCGUUCUCGGCCUUUCUCGGCUUCUGGUUUCUCCCGCGGCCGCAUAAGCGGUGUCAGCGUGUGCGCAGACCGGCUGCGCAGCAGGCGUGUGCGUUGUCCAGAUUCUUUGUGCCAUUCCUGGCAUACCAAAAACAAGAGUGGUGACUGCGCUCGUAUUUACCGGGGUGCAGCCCUGCGCGCUGAUAUAACCGUGCGAAUUUAAUCCGUCCGGAUAAAGGGCUACGUCGCGCGCGCGCGCUCGACGCCACGUCAGCUCGGCCAGUGGUGCAUCCACGUCGCCGUCAUCCUGACCUGCCCGAGAAAUCCUCAUGAAAGACUGGGAACUCAGUACUCAGAAUAGCAUCGGCAGUGCGGUGGCUGCAGCCGACACCAUUUCCGCGCCGUGGACUCCCGCGAGUUCCGGGCCGCCGCCCGACGCCAACGGCUCCGGCUCGGAUACGAAGAACCUCGACGUUGGCGAAAUUAGCGAUGACGAAAAGGAUCUGUCGGCGGCGGACGCGGAGGGAGUAUGGUCGCCGGAUAUCGAGCAAAGCUUCCAGGAAGCUCUCACCAUAUAUCCGCCAUGCGGCCGACGCAAAAUUAUCCUUUCCGACGAAGGGAAGAUGUACGGUCGGAACGAGCUGAUCGCCCGUUAUAUCAAAUUAAGGACCGGUAAGACGAGAACACGAAAGCAGGUCUCCUCGCACAUACAGGUCCUAGCGAGGAGAAAACUUCGUGAAAUCCAGGCGAAACUCAAAGUGGAUCAUGCCGCCAAGGAGAAGGCUCUCCAGACAAUGUCGAGCAUGUCGAGCGCCCAGAUAGUAUCAGCUGGGAGUGCGAUACACAACAAGAUGCCCCCUGCCCUCGUGGGGCCCCUUGCCCUUCACGCUUCCACCCCUGUCUCCUAUCCCGGAGCGCAAUUCUGGCAGCCAGGUUUGCAGCCAGGAACGUCCCAGGAUGUCAAGCCGUUUCCACAACCUGCGUACACCGGUAAACCGGCGACGGCGGUCUCGAGCGGCGACAUGGUACAGGCACAGCCUCCGCCACCUUGGGAAGGACGAGCAAUCGCAACUCACAAGCUCAGGCUGGUCGAGUUCUCGGCAUAUAUGGAUCAACAAAGAGAUCAGGACAUUUACCACAAGCAUCUGUUCGUCCACAUAGGAGGAUCAGCGACCUAUGCCGAUCCAUUGCUCGAAGCUGUCGACGUAAGGCAAAUAUACGACAAAUUCCCGGAGAAGAAGGGUGGUUUGAAGGAACUUUACGAUAAGGGACCGCAGGCUGCCUUUUUCCUUGUUAAAUUCUGGGCCGAUCUCAAUACCAAUAUUCAAGACGAAACUGGAGCGUUCUAUGGCGUGACGAGCCAGUACGAGAGCAACGAGAACAUGACGAUAACGUGUUCGACGAAAGUCUGCUCCUUUGGGAAACAGGUGGUGGAAAAGGUGGAGACGGAGUACGCCAGGUUCGAAAAUGGCAGGUUCGUCUAUCGUAUCAGCCGUUCACCGAUGUGCGAAUAUAUGAUUAACUUCAUCCACAAGUUGAAGCACCUGCCAGAGAAGUACAUGAUGAACAGCGUUCUCGAAAACUUCACCAUCCUUCAGGUUGUAACGAACAGGGAUACGCAGGAAACGUUAUUGUGUACAGCGUAUGUGUUCGAAGUGUCGACGUCCGAGCACGGUGCCCAACAUCACAUAUACAGAUUGGUCAAGGACUAACCUGCUCGAACCUGCUCGCCAUGCAGCCAUCUACCCCCAUCAGUGCCUACCAUCACAUAAAAAGAAUCAUCCGUACGCGUAUAUACACUAAAAAUACACUGAAUACAUAAAAUCACACGCGCGAGGAGAAACACGAAUAUGAGAACACAAUGAGAUGUAGACUCAUUGUUCGUACGUACUAUAUAUAUAUAUAUAUAAAUAUGUAUACAUAUAUAUACACACGUACACAUACACAUACACAUCACAUACAUAUACAUAUACAUAUAUAUAUAUAUAUAUACAUAUAUAUAUAUAUACAUAAACAUAUACAUACAUAUACAUGUAUACGCAUACACAAGCACGUACACGAUACACGCGCACGUACGUACAAUACAUAUAUAUACACAACACUCACACAUACACGAAGAUACGUACAGUUACUACACAAAUAUUUUCACUUCCGCACUCGAGAAAAAGAAAUUCUAUCGACAAUGUUCUUUUUAUCGAUAUAACGGUGAUAAUCCUUUUCACCGUGACAGUAUUAUCGACGAAAAUGUGGACAAAAUUCGUUCGUAUCGUUUGACUCGAAGAAAAUUAACGAUACGUUAUUUCGAGCAUAUCGUCGUAUAUAUGUAUAAAAAAAAAAAAAAAAGAAAAGAAUUUUAAUGAGAAUAUUGUUUUUCGUCGGAAAUUAAAUGAAAAAGCUCUUCUACCGAUGUCAUCUUACUUUUAUUCGUAAUAACUUUGUUACGAACUUUUAUUCGGGAUUAAACUCGAUAUCGUUCGAUUAGACAUCGUUAUUUAAUCUUUGCAUUCUUGUGAUGUGCAGUAUUUGGAAUCAUUGUCAGUGGAACUUCUUAAAGAUAGAGAGAGAGAGAGAGAGAGAGAGAGAGAGAGAGAGAGCGAGAGAGAGAGAGAGAGAGAGAGAGAGAGAGAGAGAGAGAAGAAUUUCGAAAUACAGACACCGAAGUACUGGCCAGCCCGAGCUUGAGUUUGAUUCAAAGUUCAAACUUUCUUAUUAAUUAUUGGGACCGCGAUUCUCCGUAUAUAUAUAUAUAUACAUAAAAAAAAAGAAGAAGAAAAAAAAAGAAAAGAGAGAAACUCUUUUUUUUUUUUUUUACCUGUUUAACAGGUACAACUUUUAUGGAAGAAAUUUCCGGAAGUGUAAAUGUUUAAAUGUGGGGAGGGAGGGGGAAAAGAUAGUUAUAAUAAUAUAAAUAUAUAUAUAUAUAUAUAUACACAUGCAUAUAUAUAUAUUUUGUGAAUACGUCUUCGAUCCGUCGGCACGUUCAGUUCGACAUACGAAUUUUUUAGUAAAAGGGGCGGAUACAAUAAACGUUAAGUUAUAAAAUUGACAAUAAAUUUGAUAUGAAAUGAAAAAAAAUGGAGAGCAAGAAAGAGAGAGAGAGAGAGAGAGAGAGAGAGAGAGAGA